UGGGGAUGCUGCGCGCCGCGCUGGGGAGAAGGAGCCGGGGCUGCGGAGGGCUCUGGAAGAGCCCGUGUCCCGCAGCUGCCGGAGGCAGCGCCAGAGCUCUGAGCGCUGCCUCUGCCUCCCCUUUCCCGGGCAGCGGCGGCUGGGCGCGGAGCGGAGGCGCUCCCCCGGCAGGCGCUAGUAAUGUAAAGCCAUUGGAUGGUGUGAAAAUUCUUGAUUUAACAAGGGUUCUUGCAGGACCAUUUGCCACAAUGAAUUUGGGAGAUCUAGGGGCUGAAGUUAUCAAAGUGGAAAGACCAGGGGCUGGUGAUGACACAAGAGCCUGGGGUCCACCUUUUGCUGGGACAGAAAGCAUUUAUUUUCUCAGUGUCAAUAGAAAUAAAAAGAGUAUAGCUAUCAACAUGAAGGAUUCAAAAGGAGUAAAGCUAAUCAAAGAGCUUGCAGCAGCAUCUGAUGUUUUUGUGGAAAACUUUGUCCCUGGGAAGCUGGCUGAAAUGGGUCUAGGUUAUGAAGAUAUUAAAAAGAUUGCUCCUCACAUAGUGUACUGUUCAAUAACAGGUUAUGGUCAGACUGGUCCAGUGGUUCAGAGAGGUGGAUAUGACUCCAUUGCUGCUGCUGUUUCUGGUCUCAUGCAUAUCACAGGGCAUGAGGAUGGUGAGCCAGUUAGACCAGGAGUAGCAAUGACAGACCUUGCUACUGGGUUGUUUACAUAUGGAGCAAUUAUGGCUGGUUUACUUCAGAGGUAUAAGACGGGGAAAGGACUACACAUUGACUGCAAUCUCUUGUCAACUCAGGUUGCAUGUCUCACUCAUGUAGCAGCUAAUUACCUUAAUUGCAAAAUUGAAGCGAAACGCUGGGGUACUGCUCAUGGGAGUAUUGUUCCAUAUCAGGCGUUUAAGACCAAGGAUGGCUACAUCGUGGUGGGAGCUGGAAAUGAUCAUCAGUUUGUCACUGUGUGCAAGAUCCUGAAUUUGCCUGAAGUUAGUAAAGAUUCCAGAUACAAAACUAAUACACUCAGAGUCCAGAACAGAAAAGAACUCAUUGAUAUAUUAUCAAAACGGUUUUCAGAAAAAGCGACGAAUGAGUGGUUGCAGCUCUUUGAAGGGAGCGGGGUUCCAUAUGGCCCGAUCAACAACAUGCAGCAAGUCUUCUCAGAUCCUCAGGUACUGCACAAUGGACUUGUGAUGGAAAUGAAUCAUCCAACAGCUGGGAAGAUAGCUGUUCCAGGACCAGGUGUCAGAUACAGUGAAUUUGCUGUGUCACAUCCAAAACCACCUCCACUUGUUGGACAACACACAGUGGAGAUACUGAAGAGCAUGCUGGGGUAUGAGGAUGACGCUAUAGAAGAACUGCUUCAAACUGGUGUUGUGGCUCAGCAUGAGGUCAGAUAAGGAGCAUUAGCUACAUUCCUUCACACUGAGCUCACAUUACUUUGUCCUCUCUUUGCUCCCUUCAGUUUCCCUAAUGGGACUCAAACAGAAGACAUAAUUUAAUUCCUAAUUUUCUUCCACGUGUGUUUGUAUGA